AUGCAGGCCACAAACGCAGGUGGCUGCUUUGGUUCCAUGCAAAAGCGAACUAUCGUUGGUGGCUGGGCAUGGGCUUGGUGCUUCGUUACUGAUGUUCAGCGCAUUUCUCUUGAGGUCAUGACACUCAAUCCGAUGUGCGAGUACGUAGAGACAGCCCAGGGUGUCCCGUUGACAGUAACCGGCGUCGCCCAGUGCAAGAUUAUGAAUGAAGAUGAACUCCUGACGACUGCCUGCGAGCAGUUCCUAGGAAAAUCUGUGAAGGAGAUUAAGAUGACCAUUCUUCAGACUUUGGAAGGCCACUUGCGUGCUAUUUUAGGAACGCUUACAGUAGAAGAGGUAUACAAGGACAGAGACCAGUUUGCGGGUCUUGUCCGCGAGGUGGCAGCGCCGGACGUCGGUCGGAUGGGCAUCGAGAUCCUGUCCUUCACGAUCAAGGACGUCUACGAUGACGUACAGUACCUCGCCAGCUUGGGCAAGGCGCAGACGGCAGCUGUGAAGCGCGACGCUGACGUGGGGGUGGCCCAAGCCAAUCGGGACGCCGGGAUUCGGGAAGCUGAAUGCGAAAAGAACGCAAUGGACGUCAAGUACUCGAUGGACACCAGGAUAGAAGAUAAUUCAAGGCUUUUCAAGUUACAGAAAGCUCACUUCGACCAGGAAGUCAAUACCGCUAAAGCCGAAGCUGCUCUAGCUUACGAACUGCAAGCUGCGAAGAUAAAGCAGAAAAUACGAAACGAAGAGAUCCAGAUUGAGGUCGUGGAACGUCGCAAACAAAUUGAGGUGGAGCAACAAGAGAUUUUGCGUCGCGAAGAAGAGUUGAAGUCUACAGUGCGACUUCCAGCUGAAGCAGAAGCGUAUCGUCUUCAAGCUAUCGCUGAGGGCAAACGAACCCAGACCGUAGAAAGUGCAAAGGCCGACGCGGAACGCAUCAAGGUGCUAGGUCUAGCUGAAGCAACAGCGAUCGGUGAUGUAGGAAAGGCGGACGCUGAACGGAUGUUGGCUAAGGCGAAGGUCUACAAGCAGUACGGCGAAGCAGCUAUUAUGGCUUUGGUUCUGGAAGCUCUGCCUAAGAUCGCCGCAGAAGUUUCUGCUCCUCUCGCGAAAACAGACGAGAUCGUCCUGGUGGGGGAUAAUGGCGCGACAGGGGAGGUGGCGCGGCUAGCGGGGGGUAUCCCUCCCGCGGUGCGUUCGCUCACCGGUCUGGACAUCAACCAGGUGCUGAAGAGACUGCAUCCCAACACUUCAGAUGAGUCACCGUUCGCAGGUGUAAACAAAAAGAAGGAGGUGGCAGCAUGCUAA